UGCGAUGAUGGCAGAUCAUGGCGUCAACAGCGAGUUUUUUUGUCUAUUUACAGUAAGACUUACUCUUCAUCCAGGUCACCUUUUUUAUUAAUAAUUAAAAAAAACACUUGAAGAAAGAUCUAUAAAAUGGUGAAAAUGAAAUUUAUAUCCCUCAAUGAGCGAUGAUUCAAAGACCGAUACGGUAUAACGUUCCACAGAUUGCAGAAGGGACAGUCAUUGUUAAAGAUGACUUUAAUUCAAGCAAAAAUCAGAUGAAAAUAACUGUCGAAAUUCUAUCGAAAGAAAAUGAAAAACAAGCAUCGCUAACACGUCCGUUGGACGACGCUGUUCAAAAAGAUCUCACGGUGACCACUUCUGGUUCAAAUGUGGUAAAUGGUCGUUACAUAUUUCUUGUUGAUGAAAAAAAUGAGGGAAUAUCUUCAGAAAAAAUCCAGGAGAAAGAAGACAAAAAAUCUGGACAUACUGAGGGUCCAACGAUCUUUCAAACGAAAUGUGAUCAUGAAGUUUCUUCUGACGAGGAGUCUGAAUCAUCUAUUGAUGUAGUAGGACACGAAGUCGUAUUAAAAACAUCCAGUGAAAAAACAACUUCGGAUGAUCCAGAUUAUUUACAAUUAUUGGAAGCACAUCAACAAAGAUUAGAAGAUGCAGCCAGUGGAUUUGCCAAUUCAGAUGUACAUUUUGUAGAAGGUGAUCAACCAACAAUGUAUGCGAACGGACCGGGUUCUUUUGCGUAUGGCGAUGCCACAAUAUUUGGGCAGCAAGGUGCUCCUGCAGGAUAUUUAGAUGGAAGUCAACAUCCUCCCACUUAUACCACUCCUGCUACUAAUUCUCCGACGAUGGUGCCUGGAACACAGGGUCAGGUUAUAACUUACCAACACACAAGUGGUCUUGCUGGACAAAUCAAUCCUAGACCUCCUAUUACACAUACAACAAGAGCAUCUCCUGCGACGGUUGCGUGGUUGCUUGAGAAUUAUGAAACAUCCGAAGGAGUGAGUCUACCGCGAAGUACUUUAUAUAAUCAUUAUUUGCAACAUUGCCAAGCAAACAAACUGGAUGCUGUGAACGCAGCGAGUUUUGGAAAGUUGAUACGUUCAGUGUUUGUUGGAUUAAAAACAAGAAGACUGGGAACUAGAGGAAAUUCCAAAUAUCAUUAUUACGGUAUUCGUAUCCAGCCGAAUUCUCCUCUGAACGCUUUGGUUGACCAUGAAAUCCAAGGAGCAAUGCGACAAUCGCCCUCUGCUCACAAGAGUAGAUUGAAGUUAACGACGAAAAUUGAGAAUGAAUCAUUCGGAGAGGAGCAGAGUCGGGCAGGUGAAGAUUCACAACAAACCAAGAAUCAACAAGAACAACAUCAACAAUAUCUUGGCGAUAUUUCACAAGGUCUUCGAGAAUUCAAACCAGUUCAGGCGACUGAACCUUUGCCAGAUGGAAUCAGCAGUUCUGAUAUUGUGGUCUUCUCGCAACUGUAUCGAGAACAUUGUGAGGCAAUUUUAGACGUCGUUGUUAAUUUACAGUUUGCGUUAGUUGAAAGUUUAUGGCAUACUUUCUGGAGAGCGCCGUCCUCUGAAGAGGAGUCUAAACAAGAUUCUCAGACGCCGAUCAAUGAGGGUUCUCUUGAAGAGCGACUUCCAAAGAUAAAACUAACAUUGCUGUGCAGCUAUCAACCCAUAUUGGAUUUUGUUAAAGAUGCUGAUCAUGUUCUUUAUCAGACAUUGGUCGAAACGUUGAUUCCUGAGGUUUUAAGACCAAUUCCAGGUUCUUUGACAUCUGCCAUCCGAAACUAUGCCAAGUGUCUUGAAUCCUGGUUGAUGGGCAGCCUCACUGAUAUUCCACAGAAAAUGGUGGAUCUUAAGAUAUCCACAUGCAGUGCAUUUUCACAGACGUUGCGUCGUUAUACAUCAUUAAAUCAUCUUGCCCAAGCCGCUCGAGCUGUGUUGCAGAAUCCACAACAGAUCAACCAAAUGUUGGCAGAUCUAAAUCGAGUGGACUUUGCUAACGUACAGGAACAAGCGUCUUGGGUGUGUCAAUGUGAUGAUGAAGUUGUGAACCAGUUAGAAGCAGAUUUUAAAGCAACGUUGGCGCAACAGAAUUCUCUUGAGAAAUGGGCGGAUUGGUUGCAAGGCGUUGUCAAUAAAGUUCUUGCUUCCACCGAGGGUACACCAGCUUAUCCUAAAGCUGCUCGACAAUUUUUGUUAAAAUGGUCGUUUUAUAGCUCUAUGGUAAUCCGUGACCUAACAUUACGUAGUGCAGCUAGUUUUGGUUCGUUUCAUUUAAUUCGUCUUCUCUAUGAUGAGUACAUGUUCUAUUUAAUUGAGCACAAAGUAGCUGAUGCAACAGGAAAGUCUCCUAUUGCUGUUAUGGGCGAGUUUGUUGGUCUUGGUGCAAACUUUGCUGCGUCAUUGGCCCCCCUUGAUGCUCUCAGACAAAAUGGUCUGGGUGACAGUGGAUCGGAGGUGACAUCAGAGGAUGAUUCUGGUGACAGUGUGAAGCAACAACCAUCCACAGACAUCUCUACAUCAGAUGAGCCUGAUGUCAAGAAACAACGAACAAAUUAAGAAAUGAAUAUAUAGAUUAUAUGUUUCUUUUUUUAUUUGUUAAUAUUUGAGAUGUUCUCGUGAUUUUAAGGUCAACUAAAGUUGAAUUUAUUUCAUAAGACAUAGCUCACUUGCAGUUAUCCGUGCAGAAACAAAACCAAACAAAUUGCAAACAAUUUGAAUGCUGUGAUUACGGUGGAACUUAUUUCUCGUGUUGUUUUUGGUAAUAUGUCGGAUAUUUUGUAAAUAUACUUGUAGGUCACGUAAAUAUCAUUUUAACGAACAAGAUUUGUGUAAAUUAUUGGAAAAAUAUGAACUGCAUGCGGAUUCUUGUAUCAGAAAUAUAUCUGUUUAGACGUUCAUUGCUCAAAAAGAAGUUGUAAAUAUUACGAAACAUUUGUUGUACAACUUAACUUCACAAAUUGUAUUAAGAUAAGAAAGGUUUUAAAUUGUAU